AUGCUGGAGCAGAUUACUGGACCGCUGCAGGUCAGCUUCGUCAAAAUCUUCGCCCUGUUUGCCGUCUCCUGGCUAGGUUGGUUUGUCAUCUCAACCCUUAUCGCAUACAACAAACUACGACAUAUUCCUGGGCCACCGUUGGCAGGUUUCACGAAUUGGUGGUGGAUCAAAGCUGCAAUCUCGGGGAAAGGGCAUCUGGCCCUGAAACAGGCUUGCGAUCGCUAUGGAUCCAUUGCCAGAAUCAGCCCGUCAAUGGUGGUGACCUCGGAUCUGGAUUUGUACCGUAAAGCAAAUGCGCACAGGAUAAAUGACUACUCCCGCGGGCCAUGGUACAAGGCGUUCAAGAUGGACGCCGAGCGAGAAAACCUUUUCACCGAACUGAACGACGAGAAGCACUCUUUGAUGCGUGCAAAACUGUCUCCUGGGUACUCGGGCAAGGAUAACCCUGAGUGUGAGCCUAGUAUCGACCAGAUGGUCAUGGACGUCGUGCACUUGAUCAAACGGAAAUACCUCUCGGUGGGAUGCAACAUCAAGCCGCUCGACUGGGCCCAGCUAGCACAAUACUUCACACUGGACGUGAUCACAUAUCUCUCCCUCGGUGAGGCAUUCGGGUUUGUCUCUGACGACACUGACAAGUAUACUUAUGUGAAGUCCAUGGAGGACAACUUCCCUAUCAUGAAUGUCUUCUCGGCAGUGCCGUUGCUGUCAGCCAUCGCCAGAAUCCCGACAGUACAAGCCAAUCUUGUGCCUUCACCCAAAGAGAAGACUGGGUUAGGGAAGGUCAAAGCAGUUGCUCGCCAGAUCAUAGCCGGCCGUUUCUCCGGUGAGAAGGCAGGACGCUACGAUAUGGUAACGUCGUUCAAGAACCAUGGGUUGUCAGAACUCGAGAUCUCGGACGAAUCCCUGUUCCAACUCCUGGCCGGCUCUGAUACAACGGCAACCAUCGUUCGCACCGGAUUCCUCUCAAUCCUGGCAAAUCCACACAUAUACCGAAAGCUCCAAGCCGAGGCAAUGGCGACAGAUAUACCAUUGGACAGGAUCAUCUCCUACGCUCAGGCCCUAAGACUGUCCUACCUGCAGGCUUGCAUCAAGGAGGCUCUGCGCCAGCACCCAGCGGCAGCAGGCUUACUCCCUCGAGUUGUCGGCGCACAAGGUGAUACGCACAAUGGCAUCUACCUCCCUCCUGGGACUGAAGUCGCCUUUUGCGCUUGGAAUAUGCAUCGCCAUAAUACAGAAGUAUACGGUGCUGAUGCAGAAAUCUUCCGACCUGAGCGCUGGCUGGAGGCAUCUCCCGAGCGCCUAGCUGUCAUGGAAGAGGCACACCAUCUUGUCUUCGGCAAUGGCAGAUUCCGCUGCAUGGGCGAGAACAUUGCAAGGUUAGAGCUGAACAAGAUCUUCUUCGAGAUGAUCCGAAGGUUCGACUGGAGCCUGGUUGACCCUGUAAACCCGAUUAAGAAGAACACGAAUUAUGGACUGUUUGUGCAGAAGGGCAUGCUUGUUAGGGUGAACGAGCUGGAAAGCUGCUGA